AUGGCGACCGACAAGAAGAUUCUGCUGAUCACCGGUGGAAACACUGGUCUCGGUUUUGAGGCCAUCAAAGCUCUCAGCCAGAGCCAGACAGCCUACGAGAUCAUAUUAGGAUGCCGCACAAUCUCGAAGGGCGAGAGUGCCAUCGCCGCGGUGAAGAAGCAAUUCCCAGAGACGAAGUCGACUUACAGCACAGUACAAGUAGAUCUCGAAUCCGACGAGUCGCUCGAGAAAGCCGUGGAGGAGCUCAAGUCAAGACACGGACGUCUCGACGUGCUGAUCAACAACGGCGGCGCCGCUUAUGACUAUGAGGUCCAGGAUGGGAAAAUGACGAUGCGGGAGGGGUGGAAUAAGUCGUGGAACGUCAACGUCACCGGCACCCACAUCCUGACGACGCUAGCUGUUCCACUGCUGCUCAAGUCAUCCGACGCGCGCUUGAUCUUUGUCACGAGCGGUACCUCGUCGCUCACCGAGACUGAGUCGAACGACACGCCUGCUCUGCAACGCCUGAACACGCCUCCCGCCGCGGGCUGGCCGAAGCAGAUGAUCGGCAUAUCGACCAUGUCGUACCGUAGUUCCAAGACAGGUCUCAACAUGGUCAUGCGUGAGUGGCGCAGAACACUCCUAAACGAUGGCGUGAAGGUGUGGGCCGUCUCUCCGGGCUUCUUGGCCACCGGUUUGGCGGGCAUCGGCGAGGAGAAGUUGAAGCAGAUGGGUGCGCUCGACCCGGCUAUUGGUGGGCAUUUCCUUAAGGAUGUUGUUGAGGGCAAGCGGGAUCAUGACGAGGGGAAGAUCAUUCGAAGGGACAUGAUCCAGCCGUAUUAA